AUGAUUGACUAAGAGUUUCCACCAACCAUAGAGAAUGUAGGCAAGAAGAAAAGCUUAGCUUGGAAGGCAUUUAAUGAUUUUCCACUCUUUGUUGAACAAAGUUCUUAAUUUCCAAAACAAGGGAAAUUAGGCAAUUGUUAUUGGAUUGCACCAUUGGUUGCCGUCUAUGCUGCAAAGCCAUAACAAAUUAAAUCACUUUUCCAAUCACAUGAUAGCGAUUUUACAACCGUAAGAUUCUGCAUUGAUGGAGAUUGGCAACAAAUUACAGUGGAUCAUCACUUUCCUUACAAUGAGGAGAAACAGAAAGUGGCUUAUAGUAAAUUGGUUGAUGGUGCUCUAUGGGCAAUGAUCUUAGAAAAGGCCUGGGCCAAACUCUAUGGGUCUUAUUAGUAGAUAAGUGCUGGGUUCAACAGAACUACCUUUAAAGUGUUGACUGGAGCACCAACGAAUAAGUUUCGAACCAGGGAUCCUAAUUUUAAAGAGAUUAUUAAUGAAAUUGGAGCAUUGCAUUUUCCAGUUGGUGCAAACAGUAAAAAAUAAUAGAUAGAUAAUGUUUUCGCAACAAAUCAUGCUUACUCAAUACUCAAGAUUGAUGACGAUUAAAUCAUUGUUAGAAAUCCUUGGGGAUUAAAGAACAGAGAUUAACAUACACUGACUUUUGAGGAAUUUAAAUAAAGAUUUGCUAGUAUUGAGUGUUGUUAUCAUUUUGAUGGAUAUCAAUAUCAGAGUGAGAAAGUCACUUCAGAUGUUCUAGAACCUGUUUAUUUUGAGAUAGAAAUUAAGGCUCCAGGAAACUAUUUUUUUACAGUAAACUAAAAAAAUAAACGAUGGUUUCGUAAUAAACCACAUUUGAAAUAUGUUAUUUCACCUUGUUAAAUUUAAAUGAUAUAUGGAGAUACAAUUCUGAAUUAGUAGCACCAUCAAUCUAAUAAAGAAGUAUGGAUCAAUUGGAAUUUUAAUAGGCCAUGCAAGAUCUACAUCAUCUGUCAAAUUGAAUGGCAAAAUAUAGCUGUCAAUGAAUUCAUCUUCAAUACCUAUGGUCCAGACUUCAAUCAGAAAAGAGUUCAUGAAAUCAUUCAAAGUAAUGAAGAUAUCAACAACUUGGGAUAAAUACAAUUUUUAUAAAGAGACUCAGAGAAAGAGUAGGAAGAGGAAGAAAAGUAAAAUUAAAAUCAACAAGUGGAAAUUCAAUAAAUAGAAAAUGCAUAAGUAAUUUCACCUCCACCCCAAUAGAAAGAGCGUAAAAGUUGUGGAUAAUGUACAAUUUAUUGA